CCUCAGCGUACCUCGAAAUGCCCCGCCAAUCAAGAUUUCUAUCAGGCAAUUCGAUCUAUCAAGCUGACAAGUUUAACUACGAAUACCAAACAACGGACAAUUCUAAAAUCUUGCUUCCUUCCAAUAAUUCCUUAUCUUUACGUUUGAUUCAACAUUCAUUGCCUCACCGCUUCGUCUCCGAGUUGUACAUAGCGGGACGAACACAUAUCAGGUCGAUAAGGCUGAACUUCAAGGCCCUCUGUCAAGACUCGUCCACAACGACACAGCAGAGGAUCCCUGGUGGUCUCUAGUACCGAGAAUCUCGAUUCAUACCAGAAUCCACACCCCGACCAAACAAGAAAGAUGUCCGAAUCAAGACUCUACACAUUCUCUCAUGAGACGAAAGAACAACUCCGCAAAUUCCGCCUAGGUACUUCGAGGGCAAAGACACCCAUGGCCAAAAUAUAUCAAAUCGACAUCAAGACUCAGGAGAUCAAACCCUCAUCAGACGAGACGUAUACCGACAUGCUCGAACUGGCCGACGAUUUACCUGAUUCAUCACCGAGAUAUAUUCUUCUAAGUUAUCCUUUGACAUUGCCCUCGGGACGUCUCUCGGUACCUUAUGUUUUGAUAUACUACCUUCCCGUCAAUUGCAACCCAAACAUGCGAAUGAGUUACGCCGGCGCCGUCGAACUCAUGCGUGGGACGGCCGAAGUCAAUCGAGUCAUUGAGAUUUCCGACGCCGAAGAUUUACAAGAGAUCGAGGAGAAGUUGAAGGGUGAAGAUUGAAGACUGAAGAAGCAACUUCGAGGACAAAAUGAGGGGGGGGGGAAAUCCAAUGAGUUUUUAAAGAGUAGCAGCAUCGAUCGUUAGAAUUGUUGUUGGGUCUGAAAGGUCCACGAGGACAGGUCCCUCCAAGUUCCAGUGCAUGUAUUCAAGUAGGAUACCUGCUAUAUAGUAUGGACGGAAUAUGAUUCUGG